AAGGAAAUCGUCGUGCGAACGAAGGAAUCGCAGCACGAAGACCCAACCAAAAUCAAUGACAGCAUCGCGUACAUCGACGACAUUUUCCUCACGAAGGACAACAUCUACAUUGGUGUGGCUUCCGUAUUCAAGGACACUAAGAAGGUGAUUACAGUAAUUGUGCCGGAAUUGCGUUGUUCGAAAGGAGUGCUGAAACCACUAGCACAACAAGUGAAUCACCAUGCUUCAUUUCACUUCGAUUUAACACCGUUAGGAGACUCGAACAGGACUUGCUCAAGAAUUUGUGUCUUUCCAUUUCUUCGGGUUGCCAUUCAAAAUCGAACUAGCGAGACAUUUCGUGGCAAGGAAUGGUGUGGCAGUAUCGACGAAGCACGGCAACUCGUCUCCAGUGAGGCCGUCCUGCAGGGAUUGGGUUGGCUUGUCAGCUCCCUUCUGCUGUGUUCGUUACUUUCAUCUACAGCCUUCUAG